GUAAUUGGUUUGAUUAAUUAAUAUGUUUAAUUGGAAUAAUUAAGGAACAAGGAAAAAAAUGUCUACCUCCGCCGGCGAUUCUGUUACGCCGAACCAAUCGCAGGAGGCGAUGGUUUCGGUUCAGGUACAGCAGCGGACUCUACAGAUCCAAUACACUGCCACGUCGGCAUAUGCUAACGUGCGCCAAGGGACGAUGCCCCACGCGCCUCCUUAUGCUAAUGCGCACCGAGGGCCGAACCCCGCUAACGCGCAUCAAGUGCCGCCUCCUGGCGGUAAUGCGUACCGAGGGCCGCCCGCCGGUAACUUGCAACAGGUUCCGCCACCUGUCGGUGACGCGUUGCAACAAGUUCCGGCACCUGUCGUCGGUAACGCGUACCGAGGGCCGCCUCCAGCCGGUAACUUGCAACAAGUUCUGGCGCCUGUCGGUAACGCGUACCGAGGGGCGCCUGCGGGUAACUCGCAACAAGCGCUGCCACCUGGCGGUAACGUGCAACAGAGGCAGUCUGUCGCUAACAUGUACCGCCAAGUGGCUGCCUGUGCUAGUUCGCGCCAAGUGGCUGCCUGUGCUAGUUCGCGCCAAGUGGCGGCCGGUGCUAACUCGCGCCAAGUGGCGGCCGGUGCUAAUUCACACCAAGUGGUGACUGUAGCUAACAUGCAACAAGUUGCAGCUAUGGCUAGCGCUCACCAAGUUGCGGCCGGAGCUAAUGCGCACCAAGCUGCGGCCAUGGCUAACGCGCACCAAGCUGCGGCUGGAGGUAACGCGCACCAAGUUGCGGCCAUGGCUAACGCGCACCAAGUUGUCUCUCUCGCUAAUAACCCUCACCAAGUUGCGGCUGCCACUAACGAGCGCCAAUUGGCCCCCGGCGCUAACCCGUACGUGAUGAGGGCUAACCCUAGCACCCACCAAGCGAGGGCCCACCCCUACCAAAUAAGGGCGAACCCCGAACAAUCGACGCAAAUCAUCAACCGAUUGAAGCAAGGCCUCAAUGGAUUGAAGGCAUACAUCACACAAAAUAAUGAUGUCAUACAAACACACGAAGCACUAUUCACAAACGACGAGCGUAUGAUAAUCCAGCUGCUCCAGCAAGCAGCAGAUUCUGGCCCUAACGUCGCACGAGACGAUCAACCUAAUCCGGCUUGAAGAAAGAAUAUCCGUUGCAAGUUUCGAACAAUAUUUAUUUUAGACUAGGCACUAUUUCGUAAUAUUUAUAAUCCAUUUCUUAUGGUAUAUGUACAUAUUUAAUUAUUCUUUAGUUUGAGAGACCUCUCUCUGUAGUUCUUAAAUGUAUUUCGAAAUAGAUUAAGAGAUACUUCUUUUUUUUUUUCUUUCAUUAAUUUGUUUAUGUUCCGAUCGAUUGCAAAAAUUCGAAGUUUGCCGAAUCAUCUAUGAGUAAUUGGUAUUAUAUAUGCCUUUUUGAUCCUUUGUGUUUCGAGGACUUGAUCGUUCUCCUCGAUUUUCGAGACAUUGACUAGUUUUGACAAUGUUACCCCUUGCAGUUUGGCUAUCGUAAGAUUAACGGAGUUGCGGGCCAACUUGCUGAGAUCGGGAUUAUUUUGGAAAGAAACGAAACUAUUCUAGUUAGUAUAUUUGA